UCAAUGCAUGAGUUGAAUCAGCAAUCUCAGUUACUCUUAUGGAGCAUAUAUAAACUUGGAGUCAUUAUCUUCUUGGUUUUAUCACUGAUGUCCGUUGUGUAAGGAAGUCGGAAAACCUUCGAUAGCGUUGUACAUUCUGAGCAGCUUGGCUGUAGAAAUCGAUAAUAGCCACAGAUACUUCGAGGGGAGGAUACUUGUAGAGAUCUAUCUUCUUGGUUGUAUCGCUGAAGCAAUUUUCGUGAAGGAUUGGAGGAUAACAUUUGAUACGCUAAUGCAUUCCAAGCUUAAUCGACAGAAAUCGAAGUAGUCGUAUUAGCAAUCUCAGUCUCGGCGCGGAGGGAUAUUUUUCCUGAGAGCAUUGGUUUCAGCAGUAAACUGCUGGUUUCAAAGAUCACGUAGGGCCCCUCAGAGUGCCUGUACAUAUGGGUGAUUCAUUUGUGUCUGAUCCACACUGGGAUAUCUCGAGAUUCACGAGGCACCUGCCUUUUAUAUUGAACAUAACCCGAUUUUGGUAAAACCUAUAAGGUCCAGCUUGAAAAGGUGUUACAAGCUUAGGAAUUCUUCCAAAUUCUAUUCUGGGAACCUCCCUAAGAUGCCCCCGAGAUAUUCACGUUCAGGAACGGACUUGUAGUACAUCCGUAAUACAUUGUUAAUGGAUGUAUUCAAAGCGCACACUCUAUUUCUCUAAUGGACGCCUUGAAACAACAUAUCAGAGGUUCAUCUUCUUGUCAUCGAUCACCGAUACCGCCUGAGUGAUAACAUAUUACUCAGCAGCAGGUUACCAAUACGCUAACACCGUGUUUAAUACAUUCAUAUCAACCUGUGGACUGGGUUCGAAAUCGAUUUGUUCGCUGCAUCAGCAAUCUCGAUUUCUGUGCAGAUAUAGAUUAAACCUACAAUGUAACUGUUGGUACAGAAAGAGCCGGAUCUCUCUCGAUCUUUUCUACUGAAAAAACUGACAAAACCUGUUGACAGAGAUAAUUUUCAAAACGCAGCAUUCCUGCAUUCGUGUAUUCGUGACCAUAUUGACUGAACUGUCCCCUUGGACUUGACAGGGGUCGCUUUCGAGGCAAAAUGUGGAAUCUUAUGGCAGCGAAGCAUAGGUGGAGACAUGCUCCAGGGGGCAGCAUGGCGUCCGAAAGAGACGAAGAUGACGUCACAAAAACCGACGACAAACAAAAAUCACAUGACUUUGCAGACGGACCAAUCAAAGACAGGAAACUAAAAUUCAAAGACGAAACUGGGCAAAUUGAGGAUGACGUCAUCGUGGCUACUGAAGCAGACGACGUCGAGAUCGCCAUGGACUCUGGGAUACGUGAUAUAACCUUAGAUUCAGACGGCGACGGUGGUAAACAUUGCAACGGAAAGGACAAAUUCAAAAAUGGCGAGGCGACCUCUAGCGAUGACCUCACACAUCACGACGACGAAGAUGGCAACCCGAAAAAGAAGAAGAAAAAGUGUUCCACGCCGCAUGCUUUAUUAAAGGAUUUAUCAUGGCAUUUAGGACCACUAGUGUUACUUAUUGCCUACUGUGCUCUCGGGGCCUUGGUCAUGGAAUUUCUCGAGUCUGGCCACGAAUUAGACGUCAGGGCAAAAAGCCAGGAAUACCGAAACGAGGUCGUGGAAGAGCUCGUUAACGUGACGUCAUCAGGGGACAACGCAAAUCUCUCGGCGUCCAUCUUGGAAGUGAUCAAAGGGUAUGAGGAGAAAAUGUUGAAAACCUACUCCCAGGGAGUAACUAACCCGAACAAUACCAAGUGGUCCUUUAAGGCGGCACUGUUCUUCACAGCCACCGUGGUGUCGACUGUAGGCUAUGGUCACAUUACGCCAGUCACGAAGAGCGGCCGUAUCUUCUGCAUGUUCUUCGCCUUCUUCGGGAUUCCCAUCAUGCUCCUCUCAGUGACAAGAUGUGGACAGGGCCUCGCCAAGUUAGUCCAACUUGCCAUCACAGCAUGUCGCAACAAGUCCGGAAUGGCGUGUUCCUGUCUGAUAUCAAAGGAUAACAAACAAUUCACAAUCCCGGUCUAUUUUGCCAUAAUAUUUUUGAUAUUCUACAUGUUUUUCGGCUCGCUUUUGUUCAGACUUUGGGAGGAUUGGACAAUUCUUGAAGCGUUUUAUUUUUGUUUUAUUACCAUGACGACCAUAGGUUUUGGUGAUAUUAUCCCUGAGCACCCCAAUUUCAUGUUGCUCUGUACCCUGUACCUGAUUCUAGGCCUUGCUAUCAUGUCUAUGUGUUUUGAGUUAGCCGAGACUGAGUACGUGAAGCGGAUGAACACAGUACGACGCGGGUUCAAAGAGGUCAAGAAAUUUACAAAAAGCGUCAAAAUAAAGUCGACAAGUCGCUCUAGUCUAUCGUCUGGGAAAAUGAAAUCGUCUAACUCUUACGAAGUGACUGGCCAGGAUUCUCGCGAGAUAUCCCGAGAUGAUCAUGAAUCCCGCGUAGGUGACGAGAAAAAGAAAGAGAGUAUUUCUAGUUCGCUGGAGAAAGUGUCUGCUUUAUGAAACGAAAAACAAGGGAAUGUUGUUCUCGUGGAUUAUCGCACAAGUGAAGACUCUCGUGGAUAACGCGAGAUGAACCCGAUAUCACGCAAGAUGAGGAAAAUAAGUGAGGUAGAUCUGUCGCUUGAAUUCACUAGGUAUCCCUGCCAGCAAAUUAUCUUUUUCACGGAAUGUGAUGACGUAUUUCACGAAAAUGGAUGACGUGUUGUGAUUUAAAGAGAAGUAAAUAUUUCUCGGCAUUUACAUGUAUAUCGGAUCAGUCAGUAUCAAUGUGUCACUUGACAUUUUACACUUUUACAUAGAUUUUUUAUGUAUUAUGCUUCAUGUGAUGUGCUUUCAAUUGAUAAUACGGAUGAACAACUUUAACAUAGUGUAAAAGGAAUGCAAUGUGUCCUUGGCGUUUAUGAUGUGUUUGAAAUAACGCAGACCUAUAUCUGAAUCCAAACGACUCGCAAAGUACACCACCGUUUGUUGUAGAUUGGGAAAAAAAGAUGGCUCUCGGCAAAGAGAAAUAUUACAACGCAAUUUGAUAUAUCGGCAUGAGGGAAUCAGACUUGGUUAUAUCUGUCUACGAGAAAUGAGAUAUUCUAGCUUGAUACGUGGUAUUCGCAGCGCUUUUUUCCUAACCGUGUUUACAAAUUGGUUCAAAAAUCUCUUAGGGAAGUUGAGGGUUUGUCGUAGCCGGCAUUGUGUAAGUGCAAGUGCGAUUUUGUAAACAAGUCCACGAUUCCAGUAGCCUCGCCAGAGUUUCUAUGUGCACAAAAUGGCGGCCGAAACCGACUCUCUCCUCCCCUGUCGGGAGUAUGCGGAACCAUUAUGCAUGUGUUUUAAGGAUGGUGUUUUGUACAGAAGAAUUCUCGGUCUCCAAAGCUCGUGUCCUAUCAUAUUGAAAAUUGUGCUACACUCUUGUCGCAAUUUUGUGCAUGUCCACACAACUAUUCACCGAUACGCCAACACUGCUACAAAUGGGAUGCCAUACGCCAAUACUCGGCAGAUGGCACUCCAAGCGCAUGCUCACACGCCAGGAAUGCCUACCGCGCGAUGGGUCAUUGGAUCGCACACCAUUGGGACAACCAGUUGGUGUUGAAGCUUUGGCUUGCGCGCAAGAAUCAAAAGAGAACUCAGUCUGAUAGAUAUUUCACCCAAAAGAUGCGACAAUUUAUAAAUAUGUGUUCAUCUUCAUCCAGUCGCCGAUACACUUUUUUCAUUUCGUUCGUAUCCGAGUUGAGUUGCCGAGUAAAGUUUCCUUUGAGAGUCGCGUAACCAGAUCUAUGCAAUAUGUACAGGUAAUCUUGGAUCUUUCUCAAUGGCUCUUAACCACGUAAAAAAUUGACCGUCAAAGAGGGCUCCACUUGCCGAAAGCUUUCCAGCUGCUUGUGAUUUUGAUGACGUGAAUGAUGAUAAGAUGAUAACCAAGCCGCCAUAUAGGCCCCUUGCCAGAUACGCCUGUACCACUUAGGGGCGGGAAAUAAACUAGCUUUAAAAUAGGUUUUUACGGUCAAUGACGCCAGACGAAAAAUGGACUGAUCUCUGGCGUAUCUGGCAAAGGGCCUGUUGCUUUCAGGGUUCAGCAAAGGAGUAGAGUUUGCACUCCGAUUGUAAUCCAAGGGACACUGUCCAACUCCGGUGUAAUGUUUUUGAGUGUUUCUAUUUUUGAGUGUUUCCCCUCAUUGUUAGGGAACGCUAAAAGAUAGAUUGACAAGUUUUUCUGUGUUUCCCCCUAUUGAAAAGUCAUGGUCUCUCGAGCUGCCUAUUGUUUGGAAACACUGACACAUGGGGAACAACCACAGAUGUUACACCGGUUCCAAUUGGAGUCGGCCUUGGUGACGCACUACGCACUGUUAGUUUUUCCGCUUGGUUCCGAAUCAGUGGAACAGCGAAAUCGAGCCGAGUUCACUUUAGCGAUAUUGGCAUCAGACCAGUUGCCUUAAGCAUAUUAUGGUAGUUAAGCGUUUCUCAGAUAGAUCUGGCCAAAGGUACUUGGCCGACGUAUCUCUUAUCAUGAGACUGUAAAAGUGUGAUCACAAUUGAUAAUAACACAGCCCUGGGCAGCCGCUGUCAUGGAUGACCAGUUUUAGUUUACACGGUGAAAGGGUAUUGGUCGGGCCUACCCUGAGGAUAAUCUAGUGUUGUGCAACACCACUAUCUUUUGGUAAAUGUGAUCUGGUCACAUUCCUGAGUUCAACUCAGAUACUUUGGCCGGAACGAUAUGAAAAACACUCGACGCGUGGAGCGGGACCAAUGGAUGGUUUUCGCAAACCUUUGAAACCUCCACGACUUUUCCAAACAAUGAGAUAGGCGUUCACGUUGGCGUUUAGGGGGUAUGCGAAAACUCCCUAUUGUUUGGUGGAGAACGAAGCGGGAGACUGACUAACAAGGCGCAACCGGUCACACGAGUAACACAUUAUUGAUUUUGAAUUUUGUGUCGUGCAACACGUCUUUUUGUAUGGUUAAAGAUAUGGCACGAACUACUUCUUCAAGGUUAGACACGUAAAGUAUGCAUGACAAACAAGUGUAUGAGGAAAUCAUGUCACCUAUUAAGAUAAAUCUGCCAAGGCCUUGAAUAAGUGUAGCCUUCGUCGUCUGUAUAAAAUUCCCCCACGUUUGUCGACGCACCGUUCAUUUUAGAAAAGGUAUGAUUAUGCCUAUAUCAUUCCAUGAACCACCGUUCUGGAAAAGAAUACUGGCACAGAUUUUAUCUACAUGUUAUAUAUCUAUGUCAAGCUAGACUCUUUCACCAGUCUCCCCACUCACUCAUUACAGAGACUGGUACUUGACGCCAAUUCACUCGUCAUGAACUCGAUUUGGGGGCGUAAGCUUCCGUUGUCCGGCCACAUGUUUUUCUGUAGGAUGUCGGGGUAACCUCGAUCCAAGUGAAGAAUCUGCAAUACCAGAGCGCUCGGUAUGACAGUGCAUCCAUUGUACGCACUGAAAAUGUAUAGCUCGCCUCGGGUAAGUCAACGAGGCUUCCUCACUUGACCCUCCGCUGCACGGCGGAUAGGGUCAAGGUUACCUGGACGAAUGUCAAGAAGAAGGCACUUUCGCCGAUAAUCUGUUUUUAUCGACAAGAGGAAUGACAAAAUGCAACGGGAGCAUCUCAGUAUAUGCAAGAUAUGUGCAUUUGCAUGUAGAUGGUAGUUUCUAUUCUAUUUAAAAGUUGGCCCCAAGCUGGCAAAUUUAUCAGAAUAAUGUCCUUUGAAGACCCAGCUGUGGGUUCCAACUGCGAAAUGACUGAACACUAAUGUAUUGGAAUUGAUUCCUCAGUUUAUCAAUCAAAUCGAAAUUGACCGAUUCACGUUAUUGUGCAUACUGAUCUAUUACAUGUAAGUGAAUGUACCGCAUGGCACGGAUGCAAUAUAAGGGUCGCGUAUAGCUGUGUGGACAAAGGGUCUUUCCCAGAAAUACAAUUUCGGCAGGUUACGAUGUAACAUACAUGUACAUGUAUAGUAAUCAUUAAAUGAGGAUUUGUGGAUACAAUGAAAUGAGUUGGACUCCGUCAGCUCAUGAAUGGAUACUUUUUAUCAUGGUCUCUGUAAAUGUAAAAUGCUGGACUGCUAAAUGAACACCUCAUUUUCUAUUCAUUUACUAACUUGACUAGAAUAUUGGCUCUAUUGUACAUGUAAAUGUAUAUCGGCGAUACAAGAACGGAUUUUUCAUCAAAAGAACAAAUAUAUUGACAUGUUAAUACAAUAUACUACGUGUUGCAUGAUUCAAUUGAUACUUUUGAUUUGAUAAUAUCUUAUAAGUAAAGACAUUAUUUAGUACAAAGUAACUGAUAUCAGCAUCUUUCUUUAUGAGAUAUUAGAAAUAAAAAGUCUCAAUUGUAUUUUGGAACACCUAGUAUACAAGAUGAAUAUAUGAUUUUAUUCUUGGUGUAUAUGUAAACGUCUAUGUCUUUCGGAAUAACUGUUUAUUACAUUUUUAUCAUUUACAGUA